AUGACAAGUACGAAAUUAAAAUUUGAAAAGGAAUCUUUAAAUGAUAGGAAGAAGAGAUUUAUCUUAUCAACAGAUCCUGCAACGGCAAAAAAGAAAGAUGUAGAUGAUUCUACUAAAAGAUUCCGUUAUUUAUUAGGAUAUUCUCAUUUAUUCCGUCAUUUCAUUGAUUUAAAUGCUUCAAAAGAUAAGAAUUUCAAACAAUUAAUUCAAUCAGUUGAUAAAGAACAUUCAUUUACUGAUAAUAAGAAAUCAAAGAAAAAGAAUACUAGAAGAAGAAAAACUGAAAAAGAAGAAGAUGCUGAAUUAUUAAUGGAAGAAGAACAUAUCGGAGAUGAAGAUUCUACAACAACGGUAUUAACGGAAUCUCCAAGUUAUGUCCAAGAAGGUAAAUUAAGAGAAUAUCAAGUUGAUGGACUUAAUUGGUUGAUUUCUUUAUAUGAAAAUAGAUUAAGUGGAAUUUUAGCUGAUGAAAUGGGUCUUGGUAAAACUUUACAAACGAUAUCAUUUUUAGGUUAUUUAAGAUAUAUUAAACAAAUCGAUGGUCCAUUCAUUGUUAUCGUGCCUAAAUCAACUUUAGAUAAUUGGAGAAGAGAAUUCGCUAAAUGGACUCCUGACGUUGAUGUGGUAGUUUUACAAGGAAAUAAAGAUGAAAGAAAUGAAAUAAUUCAAGAUAGAAUAUUAUCAGCAAAAUUCGAUGUUUUAAUUACAUCUUUUGAAAUGAUUAUAAGAGAGAAAUCUCAAUUGAAAAAAGUUAAAUGGGAAUAUAUCAUAGUUGAUGAAGCUCAUAGAAUUAAGAAUGAAGACAGUUCGUUAUCACAAAUCAUUAGAUUGUUUUAUUCUCGUAAUAGAUUAUUAAUUACUGGAACUCCUUUACAAAAUAAUUUACAUGAAUUAUGGGCAUUAUUAAAUUUCCUUUUACCUGAUGUUUUUGGAGAUUCUGAAAUGUUUGAUGAAUGGUUUGAUAGUAAUAAUACUAAUGAGGAUGAUGAUGAUGAAACAAAAGAAAGGAAACAAAAUGAAGUGGUGGCUCAACUACAUCAAAUUUUAAGUCCUUUCAUUCUAAGAAGAGUGAAAGCUGAUGUGGAAAAAUCUUUAUUACCUAAGAUAGAAACCAAUUUAUAUAUCAAAAUGUCCAAUAUGCAAAGUGAAUGGUAUAGAAGAUUAUUGGAAAAAGAUAUUGAUGCUGUUAAUGGAGCUAUAGGUAAAAGAGAAGGUAAAACAAGAUUAUUAAAUAUCGUUAUGCAAUUAAGAAAAUGUUGUAAUCAUCCAUAUCUUUUCGAUGGUGCUGAGCCUGGUCCACCUUAUACUAAUGAUGAACAUUUGGUUUAUAAUUCAGGUAAAAUGAUUGUUUUAGAUAAAUUAUUGAAAAAAUUCAAAGCUGAAGGAUCAAGAGUUUUAAUAUUCUCUCAAAUGUCAAGAGUUUUGGAUAUAAUGGAAGAUUAUUGUUAUUUAAGAGAUUACACUUAUUGUAGGAUUGAUGGUUCUACUUCUCAUGAAGAUAGAGUUGAAGCUAUUGAUGAUUAUAAUGCACCUGAUUCAGAAAAAUUCUUAUUUUUAUUAACCACUAGAGCUGGUGGUUUAGGUAUUAAUUUAACAACUGCUGAUAUAGUUAUUUUAUUUGAUAGUGAUUGGAAUCCUCAAGCUGAUUUACAAGCUAUGGAUAGAGCUCAUAGAAUUGGUCAAAAGAAACAAGUUAAAGUCUAUAGAUUUGUAACUGAAAAUGCUAUUGAGGAGAAAGUUUUAGAAAGAGCUGCACAAAAAUUAAGAUUAGAUCAAUUAGUCAUUCAAAUGGGAAGACAACAAUUACAAAAUAAUACCGUAGGGAAUUCAAAAGAUGAUUUAUUGGGAAUGAUUCAACAUGGAGCCAAGGAUGUUUUUGAUAGUAAAUCCACAGGUAAUGAAAAGAAUCAAAAUUUAUUGGAUGAGGAUAUUGAAGAAAUUUUGGCAAAAGGAGCUGAAAAGACAGCUAAUUUGAAUUCCAAGUUCAACAAAUUAGGUUUAGAUGAUAUUCAAAAUUUUACCUUCCAAGCAUCAAAUUAUGAAUGGAAUGGUGAAAAUUUUGCUAAGAAAGAAGAAAAUGGUUUAGGUGUUGGCUGGAUAAAUCCUUCUAAAAGAGAAAGGAAAGAACAGAAUUAUAUGGUGGAUAAUUAUUAUAGAACAGCUUUCAAAACGUCAAAUGUUGAUGGUAAUUAUAUACCUAGUGGUAGACCUAAAGCUCCUAAGAUCUAUAAUGUAAUGGAUUUCCAGUUCUUCCCUGACCAAUUGGUGGACUUACUCGAAAGGGAACAAUUACAGCAUAAGAAGGAAACUGGUUUUAAGUAUACCUUGAAAGAUUUCGGUGAUAGUGAUGAAGAAUUUCUUGCUGAUGAAUUCAAAAAUGAUUUAUCUAGAGAAGAGAGGAAAGCCAUUGCUCAAAAGAAACUUAAAGAAGCUGUUCCUUUAUCUGAAGAAGAAGUUCAAUUGAAAGAUGAGUUAUUAGCAAAAUCUUUCCAUAAUUGGACAAAGCGUGACUUUACCAAUUUUAUCAAAGCUACUGCCAAAUUCGGAAGAGAAUCUUAUGAUAAAUUGUCAGAAGAAAUCGGUACCAAAACUCCAGAAGAAGUUGAAAAGUAUCUGAAAGCAUUCUGGACUAAUUAUAAAUCCAUUAAGGGAUAUGAAAAGUUCAUUUCACAAAUUGAAAAAAUGGAGAAACAAGUGAAUAAAUUAAAAUCACAAAAUGAUCUUUUGAAUUCUCGUAUGGGAAGUUUACCUGAUCCUUUGAAUGAUUUUGUUAUUCAUUAUCCUCCUAAUAAUGCUAAGAGAUUAUAUUCAAAAUUGGAAGAUAGAUUCAUCUUAUUCUGUGUAUACAAACAUGGAAUUUUCGCCGAAAACUUAUCGGAAAAGAUCAAAGAAGAAGUAAUGAAAAGUGACUUGUUCCGUUUCGAUUGGUAUAUCUUAUCAAGAACUGCUAAUGAAUUAGGUAAAAGGGUUACCACUUUAUUACUGGCCCUUUCCAAGGAAGAAGAAAAGAAGAAGAAAACAUUUAAUAUUGGAUCCAAUAGUAGCACCAGAGCUGGAUCCGUCGAACCUUCAACUCAAAACGAGUCCCCAGGUAUAAGUGAUGCAUAUGGUAAAAGAUUGGCGGAGGACGAUGGUUUGAAGAAGAAGAAAAAGAAGAUUAUAGCAUAA